AAGAAAACACAAAAACAAACCUCUCGCUUGAGUUUUGGGGGGUUUGGGCCUCGGUCCAAGACUUCUCACAGGAACACAGGAAAUGACAUUUCCUAGGUUCUGCAGGACACAACGAAAGAGGCAGAGACAGAUGGAGAGAGGGAGAGAGAAAAGUGGGAGUUUCUAAGAAGGAACAGAGCAUAUACUGUUUCACAUUACAGAGAGAAGAGAGGAGAAAGAGGAGAGGAGUUAAUGCUGGGUACGGCUCUGGCAGGUCCUGCAGCCAGCCGCACUUUUCAAUGUAGCUCCCGGAGUAACAGCUGUUUAUGGAUUCACUGACAGUGGAAAAUGUACCUCUCUAUAGUGGCCUUUGUCCUAACUAAAGCUCUGCUCUCAGCAGAGGUUUGCCAUGCUCUAAACGUGACGGUGACGCCGGGCCCUGUCGUCAUGGUAACGGAGAAGGACAACUUGACCCUGUCCUGCCUGGUGUCCCAACGCAAGAGGAGCAACAGUGUCCUCAUCCUGCGCUGGUUCUACUCUCCCCCUGUGUCCCCCACAACAAUCCCUAAAGACUCAUCCCCUCAUCCUUCUACACAAGAACCAAAUCAGUUUCUCAUUGCUAAACUGGGAAUCAAGAAAAUUAAGCUCUAUGGGAACUACACACGGCGUUUCCCUAAGCCCAAGUUUCGCCUGUUUGAGGAGCAGGAGGGAGAGUUAUUCCGGUUGUGGAUUUUGAAUGUGUCUGGGAUGGACCAGGGACUGUACAGCUGCAAGGUUCAGGAGAUACGUAAACUCAGGAACACAUGGAGGUCCUCGUCGAACGGUACAGGCAGCACACAGCUAAUGGUGCACUUUACUCAUGAGGACAGCAGAGGGGAAGGACUGGGACAGUGGUCUGCAGAUGUGUACCUGGGGGCGGUGCUGAUCUGCUGUCUGGGCCUCUUGUCCAUCUUCUUCUUCACUUUGGUCCUGUCCUGCCAGUAUUUCUACAGAAGACAUAGACUCAAAAACAGUUAUCUUCUUGUCAAGUGUCCAGAAAGCAGCUCAGGCGAAACUGUGACCAGCUCCAGCAGCUCCUCCAGCUCCUCUCCAAAAGCUCUGAGAAAAGACACAAGACCCACAAUACCUGCCAGAACAAUAACACCACCCACACUACCCCGGGAGCCCCCACCGCACACACCAAACAAGGUCCCUGUUGCUGCAAAGAGACCCCAAAAGCCCAAAAGGUCAAAGCUGCUACAACAAAGAGCAGCUAAUGAGGACAGUUUGACCUACGCAGAGCUGGAGCUGGUUCGGCCAAGACCCCACCCUUCGGCCCUUUCAAGUGCGGACCCUGCACCUUCUGAUUCGGACACUGUUUACGCUCAGAUCCUCUUCCAGGAAAAACAGCUGUAAACUCUGCAGCUAAAGGAUUCAAUUUGUCAAGCCAAGCUAAUCCUCGAUGAUAUUUAUAGACAAUUAUCUUGACAUUAAACAGUCAUCUUGUAUGGCAUUAGUGAACUGGUUUUGUGCCUCAACUGUAACAUUGUGCAUUGGCUUGGCUCGUCUGUUCUCCAGAUGUGUGGGUAUGUACGAAUGCCAUAUUAUUCUUGUUUAAACUCAGGAGAGGAUGUAGAACAACCCUCGGCCAGGCUGUUUUAGUGUUGCCUUUGAGGGAUCUGUAAAUUCUGCUUUUCAUUUUCAUUUAUAAACAUCAUAAUUAAUGUAUGUGGUCAAUAAAUAUGUUUGUGGGAACAGAGAGUACAUUUUGGGGUUUUAUGGGAAAAAAGUUAGGACUGCUAAGAAGUUCAUCGGUUUAUUUUAUUUUUGGUUUGUCGGGGAUCCAGAAUACACACUUCUUCAAUACUUUAUGAAAAUGUGGGUAAGGUCACUGUUUUUAAAUG